AUGUCGUCUGAGGAGAAAAAUGAAGACAAAAAUGGGAGGGGAUCUAGGGUUUGUCACACUAUAAAUGGGUUUGUGUGCAUGCUCCAUUCAAAUUCCUCUCUUCCUCUCGCUCAACCUACCAAACUUGUCCAACAGUCUUGGUGCUACCAUGACAUCUCCUCUCUGUUUGGCGAUGGGACUCCUCAUAGAUACCUUUGACAAGUAUGCUGGGAAAGACGGUGAUAAUAAAACUUUGACGAGAGCAGAACUUGAAGAGCUGCUCCAUAAUGAAAUGCCUACAGCAGAGUGUAGAUGCCAACAUGAAGUAUGCGAGUUCUUCAACUCGCUGGAUCUCAACAAGGAUGGUGUUGUGGAUUUCAAAGAAUACGUCAUCUACGUAGCAGCCCUCACCGCGAUAUGCAAAAAAUAAUUUGGCUACAUUGCUUCCGAAGUUUGUAACUUCUACCUUGAGCUAAAUAAAAAAAUACAUAUAUAUUUCUCCGACUUGCACCA